AUGGGCGUCGACGCCUGGCUCCAGGAGACGGUCGUGCUCUGCGUGUGGCCGCGUCGGUCGCUGCCGCUAAGUGACGCGACCUUUGACAUUGGCGGCGGGCCCUGCGCGAGCGUGGCCUCGCGCGUCGUGACGAUGGAGGUCGAGGAGCUGCAUCCGCCGCUCGCCGAGGUCCCGCCCCGCCGGUCGCUCGUGUACCUCUACGACGACUGGGCCGACAAGGUCGCUAGCUUCCUCAAGAAGGGCCACGUCGAGACCGAGUCGAUGGCAUCGACGGCGUCGCAGGCCACCGACUUUAGCUGCGUCGUCGUGGCGUCGCCCACGCUUCUCGAGGCCGCCGGUCUCUUUAUCCACGACGAUAGUAGCGAUAACGACGACGACGACGACGCGCCGCGCACCAUCUUUCUGCGCUACCAAGAGCCGAUCCGAGCGCCCAACUCGGACCAAGUCGCGUACGAGCGCCUCUGCACCUUGCGCGCGGACACGCGGCCGCCGCCGCCGUCGAAGAAGCGCCGACUCCGCGUUGGCGACGAGUACCAGUACACACCGCUGGCAUCGCUCGGCGAGCGCACGGCGGACGUCUACGGCGUCGUCGUCUCGUACACGACGCCGAAGCAGUCGUCGCGCGGCCGGAUGGACUUUGAGAUGACGAUCGCCAUUACCGACGAGUCUCGACCCGAGCGCGCCCAGGCGCUGUACAUCAACGUGUUUGCGCGCGACCUCGCGCACCUCCCGCGUAUCCUCGCCGUCGGCGACGUCGUUCGGUUCCACAAGCUCUUGAUGUCUCGCUACAACGGCGUCCUCGUCGCACUCUGCACGCGCGCGUCGCGCUUCGUUGUGUUUCGAAUGGCCGAUGGCUCGGACACGGACGUCGUCAUGACGCAUACGUACGAGACAGUGACGUACCACCCGUCCGACAAGGCCCGCGCGAUCGCCCUCUUGCAGUGGGGCGCGGCCACGCUCUUAAACGACCACACGCAGUGCCCACGCAAUCACUUUGGCCCGCCGCGCGCCUUGCGACAUUGCUACCCGGCCGCCUACGUCGACGUCAUUGCAUACGUCGAGUCGCCGUUCCGCGCCGGCCAUCCGGCGGUUGCAGUCGUCUCGGACCGCAUGCACGUGACGGCCGAGGUACACGUGCACGCGCACUUUGCGGCGCUGGACGCGAUGGGCUGGGCGGCGGCGGCGGUCGGGCGCUGGUGCCGCUUCCGCGGCGUCGAGGUCACGGCCACGGACUCGCUCGUGCUCCAUUUUCGCGUGUCGUCGUCGCUUGAGAUCUACCCGACGCCAGCGACCCCGCCACGGCCCCUGCCGCUCGACCGGAUUGUGACGAGAGUGCCCCGGGAGAUUGCCGCGCUCGGCUGCGUGAACUUGGCUGUGUUUCUGACGCGGCCGGUCCCGUGCAAGGCCCACGUGCUGGCCGAGAUUGUCGACGUGAGCCCACGGACGGCCGGUGCCUUCACCACCCGGAUGAACAACCGAGAUGUGUACAUGGGCCUCUUGCGGCUCCAAGAUGCGACGGCGAGCGUCGAUGCCAUCCUCUUCGGCGCCGACGGGGAGUUGUUCUUUGGUCGGCCCGCCCGCCACGGCGACGAUACCGAGGCGGCGGACGCGCAGCUCACGCACCUUCGGACGCACCGGCAGCCCUUGCAGUGGUGCCUCGUGUCCUACCGAACGACCACUGGCGACGUCCGUGUCCGCAUCGUGCAGACCCAACUCGGUAGCUAG